GGAGACUGGCACGUCGGGAAGGGGAAGAUGCGUCUUGUGUUCUGCGCGGUGGUGCUCGCAGUCGCCGCAUUAAGGGUCGCCGCCGACGGAGGAGAUGAUACGCUUCUCGCGUUGCCGCCGAAUGGCACCACCGGCCGGAGCUUGCUCCAGAUCAAGAAAAAUUGCCCGGUGAACUUGGAGACGGCCAACUACACGGAAGUGACGAGCCGGUGCAAGGGGCCCGUGUACAAGGAGUCGCUGUGCUGCGCGGCGUUUAGAGAUUUCGCGUGCCCCUAUGGCGUCUACAUCAACGACAUGACCACCAACUGCGCUACCAUCAUGCUCAGCUAUCUCCGGCUCUACGGCAGCUACCCGCCGGGCCUCUUCGCCAACACCUGCAAACAGGACCUCAAAAACGGGAUCUGGUGCGUGGAGCAGGAAAUCAGCGACACCGCCGGCGACAGCGCAGCUCAAGUGCCGGCCCACGCCAACACCGCAUUCACCUUUUGCGUCUACGCCCUAAUUGUUAUCCUAUUCUGUUAGGUUUCAAGAUACCUUUUCACUUUUGCUAUAUAUGACUCGGUUGUUUUAUAUUUCGGCAUCACUCGAAUUUUCUAACUUGUGAUUCCAUCAGGGAAGAAAUCGCGCGUCUGUCUUGUCACGUGUGGGUUUUCCAGUUUUUCCGUGGUUCCUUUUUUCUUUCCUGGUUUUUCCCCGGUUUUGUCAUUCACGAGACCCACACUGGCUUCAACGGUCUAUUCCAUUUUCUCUCGUUCCGACCCAAAAUCCACCGCGAGAGGAACACCAAAGAGGCAGAGAAGCGGGGCGGAAGAGAAGAAAUCGCCGCCUGUAGUCGGCGGUCGGAGAGGAGAUCGUGCGCCGCCGUCGAGCGCAGUUCGCUGCGCCCUUCCGCAUCCUGCGCGGGCCUGGGGGCGGUCGUCGUGGGGUCGCGUAGCUUAUCCGUCGUCUGUCUUCAAGCUCGGCUUCUUCGGUAAGCUCGUUGUUCUUCCAUUGCUGGUCGUGAACAACAACUCCGUGAGCGGCAGGAGACCUGCGUGUAGCCUUCUAUUCUUUUGGUGAUGUUCUAGUGGGCGGAUUUUUCGCGGAUCUGUGGUUUUGUUCAUGGUUUUGUUCAUGAGCAAGACGAAUUUAGUAGAAGCGGGACGAAUUCGUGGAUCUGAGCGCCGUGAAUCUGUGUUCGCUAGAUGAUUUUGUUUGUGUGUCGCUUUUUGUGGAGCGCCGUGGAUGCUGGUGGUGUAUGUACAGGGAUUAUGGAGGUGAUUUUGUUGUUUGUUUGCAUCAGUGUGUACAGGGAUUAUGCCGGUGGUGUUCUGUAGUAAUUUUCUAGUUGCAGCAGUGUGUUUUUCUUCAUUUGGAUAUGCAGUCUCCUGUAGUAAAUUUGAGUAGCUAUGAUAUUUUCGUCACUGGAAAUGCAGUAGCAUGCCAAGUGCAGGGGUUGUUUCUUCAUUGAAAAUGUAGCCAAGUGCAGUUGUUUUUUUUGGCAUGUGCGUGCAGUGUAUAUGCAAUGCAACUACUCUGUGUUGUGUGUGUGGCGUGAUAUCUGGAGCUUUGUUUCCUUUACAUGCCAAAAUGCAGUUAUAUACAUAGUAAUUUUGGAUGUAAAUGCAGUGUGUGUGGAGUGAUAUCUGGCGGAUUUUUUGUGGUUAUUGUUGAAUUGGGAUGCAUAUGCUAUGUGUAUAUGCUUUUUUGUUUUGUGUAUAUGCAUCCCCCUGCCGUAAAUACAGUGCAUAUAAAGGUGUGUAGAUACAGUCGUAGAUGCGGUGUAUAUAUGCAGACAUGUAAAGGUAUGUAGAUAGAAGUGUAGAAUUCUAGAUGCGUUGUGUAUGUUUUCCUGCUGCCAGUUGUUUCAUGAGCUGGAGAAUUUUUUCAGGCAGCAAGCCUAGUUGUUUUGUAUGCAUUCCUGUAGCUUUAACUGAUCAAUGUAUAUGCCAGUUGUUUCAUGAAAUAGGAAGUCCCUCAUAGACAGAUCAGUACUCCGACAUUUUUGGGACUGAACAUUAUCAUUUUUUUUUGUAUAUGUAGUGUCCUGCCUAUUUGUAAGUACACUGUAUAUAGUGUGU